GGACAGGCGCCGCGGCCAGCCCGCCGCGCCGGGGAGGAGGAAGGGCCCGCCGCGCCGCGCCGCCCCGGAGAAAGGCGGUGCCGCGCCGCCGGUGGAGGGGAAAGGAGGUCGCGAUGCCGCUCUAUGAGGGCCUGGGCAGCGGCGGGGAAAAGACCGCCGUGGUGAUAGACCUGGGCGAGGCCUUCACCAAGUGUGGUUUUGCAGGAGAAACAGGACCAAGAUGCAUUAUUCCUAGUGAAAUAAAGAAACCUGAUGUCACAAAGUAGAGGAUGGCAGCUUUUGGAAAACUAAUGUUGUGAUAAGCUGUUACCAGUACCAAAAAUUAGCGUGACUAAACUCUGGACUUGAGUAAUAGAGUGAGUUUAUAAGAUGCAUCGUUAUGGACAUAGCACAAAUCAGCCUGUCAGAGUUGUUCAGUAUAAUAUUAACACAGAAGAGCUCUAUUCGUAUCUGAAGGAAUUUAUCCAUAUGCUGUAUUUCAGACAUCUGCUGGUGAAUCCCAGAGACCGUCGUGUUGUGAUCAUAGAAUCUGUCUUGUGCCCUUCACACUUCAGAGACACGCUCACAAGAGUCCUGUUCAAGCAUUUUGAGGUACCUUCAGUUUUAUUUGCUCCAAGCCAUCUGAUGUCUCUCCUGACACUUGGGAUCAAUUCUGCCAUGGUUCUAGAUUGUGGAUACACAGAAAGCUUGGUGCUGCCUAUAUAUGAGGGAAUUCCGAUUCUGAGCUGCUGGGGUUCUCUUCCUCUGGGAGGAAAGGCUAUACACAAGGAGCUGGAGUAUCAGUUGUUGGAGCAGUGCACAGUUGAUACAGGAUUAGCCAAAGGACAAAGCCUUCCAUCUGUGAUGGGCUCAGUUCCAGAAGACAUAGUAGAGGAUAUAAAAGUCCGCACUUGUUUUGUGAGCGAUCUCCAACGUGGACUGAAAAUCCAAGCAGCUAAGUUCAACAUUGAUGGCACUGCUGAGCGUCCUUCACCACCUCCAGAUGUGGACUAUCCUUUAGAUGGAGAAAAGAUUCUCCAUGUAGUUGGCCCUAUCAGAGACUCCGUUGUCGAAAUAUUGUUUGAACAGGACAAUGAAGAGACAUCUGUGGCCACUUUGAUCUUGGAUUCGCUUGUUCAGUGUCCAAUAGACACCAGGAAGCAGCUGGCAGAGAACUUGGUAGUUAUUGGUGGCACUGCUAUGUUGCCAGGAUUCCUUCACAGGCUCAUGGCUGAAAUCAGAUACCUGGUAGAGAAACCAAAAUACAAAGAAGCACUUGCCACUAAAACCUUCAGAAUUCACACUCCACCUGCCAAACCCAACUGUGUGGCCUGGCUGGGAGGAGCCAUUUUUGGAGCACUUCAGGACAUACUUGGGAGCCGGUCUGUGUCCAAAGAAUAUUACAGCCAGACAGGCCGCAUACCUGACUGGUGCUGUCUUAAUAAUCCUCCACUGGAAAUGAUGUUUGAUGUUGGAAAAGCACCCCCACCAUUGAUGAAGAGGGCUUUUUCUACUGAGAAAUGAGAACCUGUGUGCUACACAAGGAUUCUUUUCCUCUAUUUCAAGUACAUGUAUAUGCAUUGGUUUGGGUUUUUGUAUUAAGUAAUUUGUGUGUAACACUAUUAAAUAGGAACAAUGUGGAUGUUUUCAGGCACUAAACUAGUAGGUACUAACACUAUUUAAAACCAUGUCCAUUUUAAAAACUUAAAUCUGGCAACUACUAUGCUGUUUAGUCCUGUUCUGGAGAAAUUCUGUAAUGUCAUGAGUUAUAGCCUACUGAGUUGUUUGUUAUUUAUCUGUACAGUAAAUGCCAUUGCUGAGAGUAUUUGUUUUAAGAUAGUUUUAUUGUAAACAUGCUUAGCAGAAAGAAGGACAAUCUACUGUGGGAAACAUCUAUGGAAGUUUUUCUGCCCAAUUCUGUAUUAAAAUAUUCCACCCUAGAA